UUUUUAAUAUAAAUUAAGAAAGCCAGCUCUACUUCGAGAGGUAGUAGUUUUUUACCCAAAUAAAUUGUGAUAAAAGUAAAAAUGAAAGUUAUCAUAAAAGCUGUCGUCGUCCUCUUGGUGACUUUAAGCAAUGGGGCUUUUUCUAAUAAAAUUGACACCCUGUUGAAUUCUGAUGGGAUCUUUGAAAAUAUGGGAGUUGACACUUUCUCUUCGGAUCCUCUUACCUCGCUCAGUGCCGUGUUAAGUAAUCCGGUCAAUGUUAACAAGGCAUACGAUAAUUUUAGGAGAAAGCACAACAAAACCACCGAGUCGUCAUCAGAAUCUAGUAAAUCCACGUUUAAGACGAAUUUGCUGAAAAUUGCGUCUCACAAUACUAAAGCGAGGAAUGGGAAAGCAUCGUAUGAAAUGGGUGUCAAUAAAUUUUCCGAUAUGACCAUUGACCAAGUUAUCAGCCAGCACACGGGUUACAAAGGUAACUCCACUGAAGAAAACCACUCCUCCCCUUCAUCUCGUCAAACUCGUGCCACACCCCCACAAUCCAUAGACUGGAGAAACUACGGUCUCGUGACCCCCGUUCGAAACCAGGGCGGCUGUGGAAGCUGCGUCCUCUUCUCCGUGACCGCAUGUCUCGAGUCGUACUACACCCUUACCCACGGUCAACGUCAGAUCGACCUUGCCGAGCAGGAAUUACUGGACUGCGCACAGGGCGCAAAUUAUCCAGGAAAUAAUGGCUGCGACGGGAACGGCUUUGGCCCCACGUUCAAGUACAUUAAAGACAUUGGCGAAACGACGGAGGGCGAGUAUGGCUACACCGGGCGGCAAAGUUCGUGCCGCGCGGGGGGAAAGUCGCAUCCCGCCAAGACGCCGAACUACUGGUCGAUCGCGGCGCGGGAUGAGAACGCGCUGAAAAACGCGGUCGGUCUGAGAGGCCCGGUUUCCGUCGCGAUUCAUGUCAAUGACGCGUGGGUGAAUUAUAGAAGUGGGGUUUUUGACGCGCCAUGUUCCGGGGGCAGAAAUCAUGCCGUUCUUGCCGUCGGAUAUGGGUCCGAAGGGGGGAAGGAUUACUGGAUCGUGAAAAAUCAGUGGGGGAAUGGAUGGGGGGAUGGCGGGUAUAUUAAGAUGAGGAGGAAUUAUGGUAAUUUGUGCGAUAUUGCGGGAGAUGCGGUGAGUUGUAAUCCUGACGUGGAGAUUGCUCUUGGCUAAAGAGCUACUAGGUUUAAUCAGGCAAUUAUGAAGUUACGUAAGAAAUGGUCUGGUGUAUGUAAUGGGUACAUGAAUAAAGAUUUCUUGGCAUGAAAAAUGUAGCCCGCAUGCAUA